GUCACAAUUAGCAUGGAGUCUCCGGGCACCGUUUACUUGUGCGACCUUAAAGUCAUGUUUGAAUUUUCGUCGAUGCUUCCCAGGCUCUAUGAUUCAGAAAGCCAAAAUUUCUGAACAAACGUGUUGCUAUUUAUACAGGCUGCACCGUGUACUUUCUGCACAUACACACACAUACACAAAAACAAGAAAAUUUUUAAUGGCUUCACCAAAUUGGGUGUUGGUUUUAUUUCAGUUUUAUAUUCUUACACAUCUUUUUGGUCUCGCCGUUAUCCAUGGAGACUAUGAGUGCGGAAACCGAGGAACCUAUACACAUAACGGUGCAUAUGAAAAGAACCUCAAUCAUACCUUAUCUACUCUUUCUGAAGUGUAUAAGGGAGAUGGUUUAUUUUACACAUCUUCAAAAUCUUCACCAGAAGAUGAUACCAACACAGCUUAUGCCCUUGGAGUAUGCCCCGGAGAAUUUCUAAAUGAUAUCUGCAUUGAAUGUUUGAGGUUUGCAAAGGACCAGCUAAAAAAGGAGUGUCCGAGCCAAAAGAAAGCGACAGGUUGGUAUCGCCGUACCUGUAUUCUCAGCUACUCUAAUAGUAGCUUUGACAUCUAUAAUGGUGAAGAUAAAGACAUUCUAUUCUUUCCGACAACAAGUUAUGUCACCAACUGGAAAAUUAAUUCAAUGACUGAGAAACUGACGAACUUGUUCAAACAGUUGGGAAGGAAAGCAGCGUCUGAUGGUUACAGUGAAACAUAUUACUCUAAUGCUUUACGUACUUCUGGGGGCAAUUAUAUUUAUGGAACGAGUCGAUGCAUUCAGGCCAACAGAUCUCUGAGUUGCAAAGAUUGCUUGGUUCUGGCUAUUGAUUCUCUAGAAACAAUGUAUAAUGGUGAUGCUGAAGGAUUACUUUACUAUGGAUACUCAUGUUUACUACGAUACACAAUAUCUGUUAUCUACAUUGGGGAUCCUUCAACCGGUUUGCCACCAACAAAUCCUCCAACCCCAUCGCCAAACACAAAUCAUUCCACAAUACCUUCAGAUGAUGAAGGGAAAGAAAAGUUAAAUGUUAUCCUUCCAGCAAUAUCAGCCGCAGCAGUAACAUUGGCGAUCUCGACGUUCUUUCUGUUCCUGAAGGUUUGCAGGAUCUGCACUAAAAAAGGGGAAGAGGAAGAGCUGUUUGAAGCUUCAGACGAUGACACUGGGGAGAUUAUUUACUUUAGACUAAACACAAUGCAUGCAGCUACUAGCAAUUUCUCGGUUUCAAAUAAGCUUGGAGAAGGUGGUUUUGGUCCUGUUUAUUGGGGAGAGCUCUCUGAUGGUAAAAAGAUAGCAGUGAAAAGACUUUCCGAAAACUCAAGUCAAGGAAUGCAAGAGUUCAAGACAGAAGUAAAACUAAUCAUAAAACUUCAGCAUAAGAAUUUGGUGAGGCUUUUGGGUUGCUGUAUGAAAGGGAAGGAAAGGCUACUUGUCUAUGAAUACAUGUCUAACAGUAGUCUCGAUAAGUACCUUUUUGAUCCAAAAAAAGGAAAGGAACUGGACUGGGCUAAGCGUGUUAAUAUAGUAAGUGGAAUAGCAAAAGGUCUUCGGUAUCUUCAUGAGGACUCUCGCCUCAAGAUCAUACAUAGAGACCUCAAAGCUAGCAAUGUUCUAUUAGAUGACGAGAUGAACCCAAAAAUAUCAGAUUUUGGCACCGCAAGAAUUUUUGGAUUGAAUCAAGUGGAAGCAAAUACUGACAGAGUUGUUGGAACCUAUGGAUAUAUGGCACCAGAGUAUGCAAUGGAGGGUAUGUUCUCAAUCAAAUCCGACGUAUAUAGUUUUGGUGUUCUUUUGCUUGAAAUAAUUUCUGGUAAAAGGAACAGCAGGUUGUUCCACGAAGAGCGUCAUCAAAACCUUCUAAGCUAUGCAUGGAUGUUAUGGGAUGGAGGGAAAGCAGAGCAACUGAUAGAUGAAAAUCUGAAGGAUGAUUGUCCUGUCGACGAGGCUCUCAAAUGGUUGCGCAUUGCUCUACUAUGCAUUGAAGAAGACCCAAACGAUCGUCCCACCAUGUCCUCGGUUGUUUCUAUGCUUGAAGGUGAAUGGAAAUACCUCUCUGAGCCUAAACCUCCAUUGUCUUUCAGCCAAUUUAUCACCUCUGAUGAAUCUUUGUCUACUUGGAAGGGUGAUAACAGUGAGUUUUAUUCAUCUAAUAGCAUACUUGAAGACACUGAUCAUCGUGGUGCAUAGUGAAUACACAAUAAUGUUAAAGAAACAACAACAAUUUGGUAGUUACUAUUAACUGAUCAUCCUAUUCUUUAUCUACAUAAAGUGGCAUAUAUAUGUAGUCUUUGUCAUUGAAUAGAUUUAAGUAAUACACAAAUAUCUCUCCACAUUAUUUUACCACAUAGAUUUUGAUUAGCAUUUCAAUUACUGUAUUGUAAUUUUUUCAUGGUAUUAAUCAGAAGACAUAUAUUUGUGCCAA